CAACAUCCAAACCCCUCAAAAAAUGGCGUCCGCCAGUAUACACGGUCUAUUCGAGAUCCAAUCCGGCAGCCAGAUCACCAGUCCUCCGAAUUCCCACCAGAAGAAUGCUACACAGGCACGAGAGGCUCAUACGAGUAUAGAACUCAAUGACUUGAAUUCUAACGAAACCCAAUCAUCCAAAGCAACCCCGUCUAGUGUGCAGACACAGACGCCCAAGACUCCAAACGAAACUGAGCAGAGUCAGCCGUCUGUCCGUGUCCAACAUGAGGCAGCACAGGCAUUGCACAGUUGGAAUGAUCCUCCCAUCAACAAAUGGAGGAUCCUCUGCUGCUGUCUACUACAUUUUGCCAAUGGCAUCAACGACGCCGCGGUUGGAGCGCUGAUUCCAUAUAUGGAGACCUACUACCACAUCGGAUACGCGGUAAUGUCGAUGGUGUUCGUGGGCAACGCUGCAGGCUUCAUUUUGUCUGCCUUUUUCGUCAACAUUCUACUUGACAAGCUCGGGCGAGCCAAGACCCUUCUACUGUCUGAAAGCAUCAUCAUUGCAGCGAAUGUCAUGCUCUUGACGUCGCCCCCUUACCCUGUUGUAGUGAUUGGCUUCUUCUUCCUGGGCUACGGUUUUGGGACGGUUUUGGCGCUUAACAACGUUUUCUGCGCGAAUCUCAACCCUUCCAGCGUCAUUCUGGGGUUCUCGCACGGUAGUUAUGGUCUGGGUGGAAUUAUAGGGCCCAUCAUCGCGACGGCAAUGGUAUCUAACGGGAUAUUGUGGUCGCGCUUCUACUUCAUCACGUUAGGCCUUCGCAUACUCUGCAUUGGAUUUGUCGUGUCGACUUUCUGGUCCUACCAAGAAGAUCAACCUGAGCCACUUCUCAAUUCUCUGGAACGGACAGCAAGCCGGCAAGCAGCUGAAGAGGAAAAAUCCAAAUCCAAAUCCAGAAAUCUAGGCCAAGCCUUGAAAAACCGCGUCACAAUCUUCGGUGCACUGUUUAUCUUCGCCUACCAGGGCGCUGAGGUGUCCAUUUCGGGCUGGUUCAUUUCAUUCCUGAUCGCUUACCGUGGAGGAGAUCCUGCACAUGUAGGUUAUGUUACGGCCGGGUUCUGGGGCGGCAUCACACUGGGCCGUUUCGUCUUAACACACCUCGCGCCACGAGUUGGUGAGAAGACCUUCGUUGUAGCCCUGACUAUAGGCUCAGCACUUUUCCAGCUCCUCGCAUGGCUCGUCCCAAACGUAAUUGGGAACGCCAUCGCCGUCUGCGUUCUAGGUCUGCUUCUUGGACCGGUAUAUCCAUGUGCGCAAAGCAUCUUUGCACGCCUCAUGCCGCGCCACCUGCAGACGACAGCGGUCGCUUUCAUGGGCGGAGCAGGGUCGUCUGGAGGCGCAGUGGCGCCGUUUACAACAGGGCUGCUUGCUCAGGCAUCAGGGACCUGGGUCUUGCAUCCCGUAUGUAUUGGUAUGUAUGUUGUCAUGAUGGCUUGCUGGGUUGGGUUGCCUCGUGUGCGGAAGAGAACAGAGUAA